AUUCACAUAGCGAAGGCGCGUUAAGCAGAAGAAUUACGAAACGUUCAAGUACGUGAAAAGAUUCAAUUUGCCAGGGUAUAUUUUCAUAAAUCAGUAUCGUAAGGUACCGGAAGAACCGAAUAAUCCAAUAAGUCCAAUUUGAUAGAAAGAGCAAGCUUCGCCUUCUAUGCCAGUGUGUGUAAAGGCAGCUUUGAUAGACAAUUGAGACGAGAUAAAAGAUCGACUCGAAAGUUCUCUAUUUAACAUUGGCAGUACAACCGAAACGGUUCAUUUUCAUUUGUGCAUUUAGGCUGAGCACGUAAAUUGAUUGCAUUGAUUUAUUAACUGAAAGUGAUAUAUUUGUUCUGUGAUUUUGUGUAAAGACAUCAACAACAACAACCACAACAACAGCAGCAACCGAAGAACAAACAUGGUGAAAUUAAUUGCGAGUAUUUGCCUACUGGUCGUUCUGGCUGUGGUCAACCAGGCCCAGGCUGAUAACCUACAAUGCAACAUCAAGUCGAAUGCUGUUUUCAAGGGAUGGCCCGACAUGAAGGAUCCAUGCAUUAAGAGCAUGCGCGACCAGAUUCAGAAGGAGAUUGAAGCCUCCACCCAGUACCUGGCCAUGGCUUCCUACUUUUCAACCGACACCGUCAAUCGUCCUGGCUUCGCCGAGCACUUCUUCAAGGCAGCCAGGGAGGAGCGCGAGCAUGGCUCCAAGCUGGUGGAGUACCUGUCCAUGCGUGGCCAGUUGACCGACACCGUUAACAACCUGAUCAAAGUACCGUCUGUUAAGGUGACCAACUGGACAGGACUGUCGGCUUUGGAGGAUGCUUUCAAGCUAGAAACCGAGGUGACCAAGUCUAUUCGCGAGCUGAUCAAGACCUGUGAGGGUACUUCCAAGAAGGCUGAUGAUAACGAUUACCAUCUGGUCGACUAUCUGACUGGCGUCUAUCUGGAGGAGCAGCUGACUGGCCAGCGCGAUCUGGCUGGCAAGAUCACCACACUGGAGAAGAUGAUGUCUUCCCACGGUCAAUUGGGCGAGUUCCUGUUCGACAAGAACUUGUAAGGUGUCACGCCCCGGGAAAUACCAAUAUCAACUCAUUGUCUAGCAUGCUAUUCAUAGUUUUUACUGUGCUCUUAAAAAACCCUUAUUUAAAAUUAACUGUAACUAGCCGCUGCAAAAAACCACCAUCCCAACAAGUAUUUUGUUAUCUUCACAUGUUUUUGCCAAAUUUAGUUUAUAAUUAAAUUACACUCAAACGUUAACAGCUCUUCUUUUUUGUUUCAUAAAACUAUUGGCCAAAUAAAUACAACAUUCUGUUUGAAGUCGAUUUCAUUCCAAGGCACAGUCAAAUCCACAAGUUCUUUUCUUAUCAAUCCCAACCGCUGGCCACUCUAGAUAAAGGGCUUAAGAAAAGGCAGCGUCAUAUAUUAAUCAGCGCGUCUAAAAACGACAGACUAAAUUGUGAUUUAUUUACAAUAUGUUAUGUAUAACUAUUUCGUUAUCGUCUCGAGUACACGUGCUCACAAGUUCAUGCUAUAGCUCUUCCGUGAGUUGUCUAUAGUUGUUCGGGGAAGUUCGCAGUCAACAAUUCAUUUGAAAUUAAAUAAUCCCAUCUACAUAGGGCAUACAUUUAGAUAUAAACAAGUACAAUAUAUACAUAUAAAUAUUUUUCUGUCAAUUAGUCAAUAGAGCUAUUAACUUAAUAAACAUUACGAUCAAACUAAA